AUGGUGUAUGCAGAGUCCACCAACACAGUCGGCGUCAAUCCGUCCCUCUACUCUCCGUCGUUCACCUAUCAGAUGUCAUUUAACUACUCCAAGAGAGGAAACUCUACUGUCCUGGCAACCUUACCCACAACCCCUCUCUGCAGCCUCGAGGGCUCGUCCUCCGGCCAGUCGAACGCCACCUCCGCCUCCUACGAGCUGACCUCCGGUGAGGUGGCCGUCCUGGGCCUGGUGUUCGGGGUUCUGUGGCUGGUCUCCAUCUUGGGAAAUGCCCUCGUCUGCCUGGUCAUCCACCGCAGCCGGCGGACUCAGUCCACCACCAACUACUUUGUGGUGUCCAUGGCCUGUGCUGACCUGCUCAUGAGCCUCGGCUGCGCCCCGUUCGUCCUCCUGCAGGUGGCUGCGGGACGAUGGCCGCUGAGCGCCGCGGUCUGCAAGGCUGUACGUUACCUGCAGCACCUGUGUCCAGGUGUGCAGGUCUACGUCCUGCUUUCCAUCUCUGUGGACCGUUUCUAUACGAUCGUCUACCCCCUGAGCUUCAAGGUGUCCAGGGAAAAGGCCAAGAAGAUGAUCGUGGCUUCGUGGCUGUUUGACGCAGCCUUCGUCUCGCCCUGCUUCUUCUUCUAUGGAUCGACAUCCACAGACAGUCACUGUGACUUUUUCCUCCCGGACAGCUGGGGCAGUAUAGCGUACGCUGCCGUUCACCUCCUGUUUGGGUUUCUGGUGCCGGUGGCUUUGAUCGUGUCCUUCUACCAGCGGGUGGUCCGAUACAUCUGGAGGAUCAGCGCCGACGGCCACACGGUGCGCCGGACGAUGAACAUCGUCCCAAGGACUAAAGUCAAGACCAUCAAGAUGUUCCUCAUGCUCAACUCGGUCUUCUUCCUCACCUGGACGCCCUUCUACGUCGCCCAGCUGUGGCACCCGAGGGAGUCGCCCAACCGUCAGGGACUGCUGUUCUUUACGGCAAUCGCCUGGAUAUCCUUCAGCUCCACGGCGUCCAAACCAACCCUGUAUUCCGUCUACAAUGCAAACUUCAGGCGCGGCAUGCGGGAGACCUUCUGCAUGUCGUCCAUGAAGUGCUACCGCAGUAAUGCGUACACCAUCACCGCCAGCUCCCGCAUGGCCAAAAAGAACUACGUCGGUGUGGUGGACAUCCCAGUGCAGGCGAAGACGGUCGCCAAGGACUCGGUCUACGAUACAUUUGACCGAGAUGCUAAAGAAAAGAAGGUAGCUUGGCCCACGAACGCCAACCCUCCCAACACCUUUGUGUAA